CCUGAUUUCCUGGCCUGAGCCCGUUAUCGGCAGAUAAGGAGGAGUGAAUCAGGGCAAAUCUUCAAUCGCCACCGGCUCUGGGUUGUGAACACACGCUCCCUUGUUGCUCUCUUUUUGUUUUGAGAAAUAGUUAAUAUAGAAAGGAUUUCCAAAGAUGAGGCUCGCUCUGGCCCUGCUCGCGGCCCUGCUCCUGCUCGGGUCGUCAGUGGACGGGUGGCGCCGCCGCCGCCGCCGCCGCAGCUGCACACGGGUCGACUGUUCCUGGGAUGACUUUCAACCUGUCGGCUCCUGCAGCUCAUCAUGUGGUGCAAAAGGCACACAGUUCUACACACGUACGGUGAAAACGCAGAACUCCUGUGGUGGCUCUAAAUGCUCGGGCUCGACGUUUGAAGUCCGGGAGUGUGUUCCUGAGGUACCCUGUCGUAACGGCGGCUCAUGGACAGGGUCGAGCUGCGCAUGCCCAAAGGGCUACACCGGAUCCUGUUGCGAAACUAAGGUUGUUUGUCCUCCGCUGGAUCCCCCCAUCCACGGAGACGUGUCCCACCCGGCCACCGGAUAUGGCGCCAAGGCCACGUACUCCUGCAAACCGGGGUAUGAACUGGUCGGCGCCAAGAUGAGGACGUGCGGCGAGAAUGGCUAUUGGGAAGGCUCCAGCCCUUACUGCACACGCGGACAGUGCCCCGCUCUGACCUUCGACCCAAAUGGAGUCCUGUACGGUGGAACCUAUACAGAAGACGUCAUGAACAUCGUCUGUAACCCUGGAAACGAGCCGAACGGAACAACCUCCCUCACCUGCAACACCGACAACACCUGGAGCCACACCCAGCCUUUCUGUUCAGCCGUGGAAUGCCCGCCGCUGCCGCCUCCUCCCAACGGAGACUCCUCCGGAGACACCUCCUACCUCAGCUCCGUCACCUUCUUCUGUCAUCCUGGGUACGAGCUGAGAGGCAGCUUUUCACGCACGUGUCUGUCGGACGGGACCUGGACAGGGAUCCAGCCGGACUGUGUCUUGGAACAGUGCGCCUGUCUGGAGGCGCCCCUGUACGGCAGCAUUAUAUACAACACGGACGGGCUCAGCGGCUGUGACGUGGGCUGCACGGUGUCCUUCUCCUGUAACCCAGGGUACCUGCUGCAGGGCAGUACCUCCCGAACCUGCCAGGUGACGCAGCAGUGGACCGGAUCGCAGCCUGUUUGCAUCAAGGCGCACUGUCCGCCACUUGACAUCCCCGCUAACGGGCUGAUGUUCGGGGGCACCGCCUUCAUGGACCAGGUCACCUUCACGUGUAACACUGGGUACGAGAUCGUGGGCAGCAGCACCCUGACGUGUCAGAACGACCAGACGUGGAGCGGGACAGAACCCGCCUGUGUCCGAUCCCAGUGCCCAGUGUCCCAGCCGCCCGCCCAUGGAGAGGUGUCCGGAGGGAACCUGUUCGGAGACACGGUGACGUACGAGUGUGAGGUGGGGUACAGGCUGGUGGGGAACCCCACACGGAGCUGUAUGGCCACCAAGACAUGGAGCGCACCAGAUCCCACCUGUGAAUUGAAGACCUGCCCGGCUGUAACCGCUCCCGACCAUGGCGCGGUGACCGGCGGAAACACGUACGGGCAGGAGGUGACGUAUUUCUGUGAGACAGGGUAUGACAUCAUCGGCACGUCCACACGUACAUGUCAGGACAGCCAGCAGUGGAGCGGCAACCAACCGUACUGCUCAAAGAUCCAGUGCAACACCCUGAACCCGCCGAGGUCCGGCUCGGUGUCGGGCGGUCACGAGUACGGCGAUACGGUCCAGUUCAGCUGCUGGACAGGCUACACGCUGACGGGCAGCAGCAACAGGACCUGUCAGGAGGAUGGACUCUGGAGCGGCACACAGCCCACAUGCGCCGAAAACGAGUGUCCUGAGCUGGACUCCCCUCCAAAUGGCUACAAGACAGGCGAAAAUGGCUAUGGUGAUACCGUCAUCUUCUACUGCAACAGCGGCUAUCAGAUGGCCGGCCCCUUACCUGUGGUCACACGUACCUGUCAGGCCGACAAGACUUGGACUGGUCUACAGCCAAGCUGCACGAGAAAAGAGUGUCCGGUCCUGAUGCCGCCGGCAAACGGAAAUGUGACAGGCAAAAACUUCUAUGGCGACGUGGCCUCCUUCACAUGCCACCCUGGCUACGAGUUGAGCGGCAGCGAUACAAGAACCUGUCAAGCCAAUCAGCAAUGGGAUGGGACACAACCGACCUGUGACAGAGUGCAGUGCCCUCCGCUGACUCCCAUAUCCGACGGUCAGAUGAGCGGAAACAACUUCUUCGGCGACCGGACCACCUUCGUCUGCAACACUGGGUACGAACUGAGCGGCAGUACCACCCGCUCCUGCCAGGCGGACAGGACCUGGUCGGGAGCACAGACAUCGUGUAACAGGAAACAGUGCCCAGGACUGUCCGCUCCGCUCAACGGCAACGUCACUGGCGGGACGUACUUUGGGGACACAGCUCACUACACAUGCGCAGAAGGAUACGAGCAGAAACGCUGCCCGCAGCUGACCGUCUCCGCACAUGGAGCAGCCAACGGCGGGAUAUAUUACAGCGACACGGCCUCGUUCUCGUGCGACCCUGGGCACGAGUUGGUGGGAAGUUCGGUGCGCACGUGUCAGGCGGACGGACAGUGGAGCGGCGUACAGCCAACAUGUAACAUAAAGGAGUGUGUGCCCCUCACGGCCCCUGCAAACGGCUCCGUCAGUGGAGGACACGUUUUUGGUGACCAGGUGACCUUCUCCUGUGACCUUGGAUUCGACCUUGUGGGAGUACCCAUCAGGACUUGCGAUGACAACCAACAAUGGAGUGGAGCACAACCAAGCUGCAUUAAGAAGCAGUGCAGCCGCCUCACACCUCCUGCCCAUGGUGCUCUCACCGGGGGCUUCUCGUUUGGAGAGGUUGUGACGAUCACGUGUAACUCUGGGUACGAGCUCAUUGGAAGUGGUACCAGGACCUGCGAAGCAAACGGCCAAUGGACCGGUUCUCCGCCCCAAUGCCAGAAGAAAUGCUGCAGUCGCCCUACCAUUCCAAACGGUGAUUACAGGGGGACCCGCUGCUUCAAUGACACGGUGACCUUCAGCUGUGACCCUGGACAUGAGCUGGUGGGAGCCGCUAGCCUGACCUGUACUGAGACUGCGCAGUGGAGCAACCAGUUACCCAGCUGUCAGAAGAAGUGUUGUGACAGCUCUAUCACAGUCCCCGACGGGUCCGUCAGCCUCCGUCCGGACAACUGUUACGGCAGCAUCGCUGACUACAGCUGUAACCAUGGCUACGACCUUAUUGGAAACCAGUACGUCAUCUGUGAUGAGAGUGGCUCGUGGGAUGGCGAGAUGCCUACUUGUCAGGAAACAUGCUGCGGCGACCCCGGUGCCAUAAGGAACGGCAUGAGUAACUCUACAGGACUAUGUUUCGGUGACGUGGCUACCUUCACGUGUGAAGCCGGCUUCCUUCUGAGGGGCAACGCCACACUGGUGUGCGACGCAAACGGAUCAUGGGGACCGACACCAUUCUGUGAACCAUACAGCUUGUGCGAACAGUCCAACCUAGCUGCUCCGUCAGCUGGGUCGAAGAUCUGCUUCGAGAGCCCCCAGGGUACCACACCCGUGGAGUACUGCCAGAUGCAAUGCAACGCACCAAAGGUGUACAACAGGAAUGAAGACAUGUACGAGUGCAGUGCGGAGACGUCGUGGCUGUGGAAGAUCAGAAUCUACCUCCCCGCCGGGCAGCAGCUGCUCACAUAUGUAGACGUGGGAGAAUGUUCAGCUCCCUCCAACCCAUUCGCUGCUGUCACCGUGGGAGGACUGGUCAUCAACGCCAAUGCACCUUUGGACAUGGCGGCUAUCGAGGCUGAGAUGAGACGGAUCCUUGAGUCGUUGGGACUGUGCAACGAUCCCUGCCAGAUCGGAGAAAUAACAGUUGAAACAGCACCCAAUGCAAGAUCUGGACCACGACUUCGGAAGCGCAGUGCAGGUAUCCAGUACCAGGUGUCUAUCCAGCUGCUCGCCUAUGCCGAUCUGAGUCUUGUGACCACCACCAACACCGUCCAGAUGGAGUGGGUUCGUCUGGCAGGGGAACUCAGUCAAGUUGCCUCCGGCCUACAGAACCGGGUUGUUUCGGGAGACGUGAUGGUGUCAGUAGACGGCAGCCCGUUGACGGUUGUGGACGGAGGUUUUCACACGUCACAACCAAACCUUGGCUGCAAGGAAGGCGAGCUGCUUCAGGGCAUCGAAUGUGUUCCAUGCGGUCCCGGCACGUACCAUGACGUGUUUGAGCAGGCCUGCCGUCCGUGUCCUUACGCCACCUACCAGGACGAGUACGGCCAGACGGACUGCAAACUGUGCCCCAACGGGACCACUACGGACAAGAGCGGGGCCAUGGAUGUUUCCAAAUGCAAAGCGUUUGAAGACUGUAACUGUGGGAUCCACCCAUGUGAGCUGACUCCACAGGGAUACGAGUGCACCUGUCUGCCUGGAUACCUGCUCAUCUCUGACGCGGAGGAAGCUAAAUGCGUCGACAUUGACGAGUGCCAGCAGCCAGACGUCUGUCCCGGUGCCAGAUGUAUCAACAGGCCCGGAACCUACUCCUGUCAGUGUCUGCCCGGGUACGAGGAGCCCAACUGUAUCGGUCGACGAGUGUCGGUAUGCUGGGUUUUGUCCAGACCAUUCUAACUGCACCAACACGGACGGCAGCCACUACUGCACCUGCCAUGAGGGCUACCAUGGAGACGACUGUCUGGAUAUAGACGAAUGUCAAAACGAAACCCUGAACACAUGUGGACCCUACGAGCACUGUGUCAACACGGAGGGAUCCUAUACCUGUUUAG